AUGGUUCAUUGGUCGUCCGUGUUUAUAGCAUGUCUUACAGUCAGAUUGAUAUGUGCUCGAUUUUCAAUUAUACCUGACUGCGAUGAAGUAUUCAAUUAUUGGGAACCUACACAUUUCCUUACUCAUGGCUUUGGUCUUCAAACAUGGGAAUACUCACCAGUGUAUGCGAUUCGAAGUUGGGCUUAUGUCGGUCUUCAUGGUCUUAUUAUUAAGGCUCUUUCGUAUGCUAUUCCAUCUGAAAGGCCUAAUGAUUCUGUGUUAUUCUACGGUCUAAGAGCAGUGUUUGCUAUUUUUUCGGCAUUUACCGAAGCUAAACUGUACGCUGCUCUUAGUAACAACAUCUCUAGGCGAGUAGGGUUCAGCUACCUUGUCCUUUCGCUUCUCUCAAGUGGAAUGUUUCAUGCGUCUGUUUCGUACCUGCCCUCUUCUUUUGCAUUGUAUUUUGUGACGUUGGCAUUGGCCAACUUUGUUGAAGACACUGGGAGAUCAGGAGCAAAGAGCAGCAGCCAGUUGAUAACCAGAGGAUUUACUUGGUUGGCUGUGGCCGGACUAUUGGGCUGGCCCUUUACUCUUGUUUUGGCAUUGCCUUUUGGGCUAAGAUUUACUUUGAAGUCAUUUUUGGGUAAAUCGUAUUCGAAGUAUUUUGUGACUGUGGUUAAAGUCCUUCUAUCUAGCGGAUUGAUCUUGGCUUCCAUUGUUGCAGUUGACUCAAUCGCUUAUAAAAAACUGGGUGUUGUGGUACCGUUCAAUAUUGUCUCUUACAAUGUACUCAAUUCUGACGACAGUACCGGACCAACUAUUUUUGGAACAGAACCCUGGACUUAUUACGUGUUCAACUUGGCCAUUAACUUCAAUGGCGCGACCGUCCUUGCUUUAUUGAGUUUGCUUGCGCCACUGAUAAGUCGUCGUCCUCAAAAUUCUGCUUUCUACUUAUUGACUAUUAUUUCACCCUUUUUCCUUUGGCUGUCGAUUUUUAUUUCCACUCCUCACAAGGAAGAGCGGUUCUUAUACCCUGUCUACUCAUCUCUGCUGCUUAACUCUGCCCUAGGUCUAGAGGUAGUCAUCACAAUAAGCAGUAAAAUUCUUGGUUUGGUCGGAAUUCGCUGGACGCAUCGUGGUCGAUUGAUCGGAACUGUGGUGGUGAUCGCAAUCUCGAUUGUGUCUCUGUCACGGUCACUUGCUCUUAGUAUUUAUUACAGCGCACCAUUAGACGUGUAUGAUCAUAUUCCUUACGAGGCAAAUGCCACUUCUAUAACUAAUGUUUGUGUUGGUCGCGAAUGGUACCGCUACCCUUCCUCAUACUUCCUCGCCGAGAAUCAGCGACUGAAAUUUGUAAAGAGCGGAUUUUCAGGGCUAUUACCAGGGGAGUUUCAAGAACAACAAGCUGAUACGACGCAGGCAACGAAGUACUGGUGGGAUCUUGUUGGAACCUCGGCUGUGCCAUCUGGAAUGAACAACCAAAACCUUGAAGACCAUUCUAAAUACGUUGAUAUUAAGGAAUGCGACUACAUAGUCGAUACUAAUUCCUUUUCAGUUGAUAGCGAAGCAGGCGAAGAGCUGUAUAUCACCGAUAAGGAGAAUUGGCAACCAAUAUACUGUGGAAAAUUCUUAGAUUCUUCAGCUAGCAGUGGCAUCGGUCGUGUCUUGAUGCUGCCUCCACCUCUAGUAACCUCCACCAACACCAAGCUGGCAGGCCUGUACUACUGUCUUAUGAAACGGAUAUCAUCCGAAAAUUGA